AUGACUAAUGGGGAGAUUAGUGAGGCUUUUCUCUCCCUAGCCUGUGCCAUGACUACUCAAGCAAAUAGAGAUGUUAUGCCUAGGGUGAAUGAUAUUGAGAGUACCGUGGCCUCAAGGUUAAGGGAUUUCACAAGGAUGAAUCAUUCUACCUUCUUGGGUUCUAAGGUAGAUGAGGACCCACAAAACUUUAUUGAUGAGGUUUUUAAGAUUGUGGAUGCCAUGGGAGUGACUCCUAUGGAGAAGGCGGAGUUGGUUUUCAACCAACUCAAGGAUGUAGCUCUAGUGUGGUUUGAGAAAUGGAGGGAUGAGAGACGCAUAGUGGCUGACCCAAUGGAUUGGGGAGUGUUUAAGACGACCUUUCUUGAUAGGUUUUUCCCCUUAGAGUUGAGGGAGAAAAAGUUGGUUGAGUUCAUGAACCUACGUCAAGACAAUAUGAAUGUGAAGGAAUACUCUCUCAAGUUUACUGAACUCUUUAAGUAUUCUCCUACCUUGGUAGCAAAUUCUUGGGCAAGAAUGAAUAAGUGUGUGAUGGUGAUUUCCGGUUUGGUUAAAGAAAAGUGUCGUACGGCCAUACUCCAUCAUGAUAUGGAUAUAUCUAGACUUAUGGUUUAUGCUCAUCAACUUUAG